CUCUAAUAAUAGAAGUAGAGAUAAGACACUUGACUGGGAUGCUGGAAAUGUGGGUUCUAGUCCUCACUCAGCCACAGACUUCCCAUGUAACCAUUGCUGUAUCUUGACAGAAUGGAACGUCUAGCUGUACUUCUUUGCCAGAUGCAACUCCAUUCCCCAGGCACUUUACAACAAUUGGGAGCUAGAUGCUUGUGACAGCCACUGCUGAUGCAGAACCAGUGUCAUCCUUAAUGAGGACUAUGCUAUUACUGCAGUUGUGAGACAACUUUUACAUCCAUCUCCUCGUCCUUCCAGAGUGCUGUCAAAAUGAGUGAAACGCCAUCAACGAAUUAUUCAAUGCUUCAGCCAAACUCCUCUGAGAGUGAACAGACUUUGUCUACACGUCACUUCAAUGUCACCGAACCUGUUGUGGCCAAACGCAUCUGUUUCUAUAAAAGUGGAGACCCUCAGUUUAAUGGGAUCAAAAUGGUCAUUAAUAAUCGAUCUUUCAAAACAUUUGAUGCCUUGCUGGAUAACUUGUCCAAAAGAGUCCCAAUACCAUUUGGGGUGAGGAAUAUUAGUACACCACGCGGGAUACACAGUAUCACCAAUCUGGAGGACCUUGAAGAUGGAAAGUCUUAUAUUUGUUCCCAUCAGAAGAAAAUUAAGCCCAUUAAUUUGGAGCGGGCCAGUAAGAAGCCAUUGCCCUGGCAGAUCAGCAGGCCAGUUAGUGCUCGUCGCCGAGUUGUGCAGUUAGCCAGGGAGAAAGAAGACGGCAUUGUUCAGGAAGACAGAACUGUCAAAAUAAGAACCCCUAAAAAGCUCCUUGUUUUCAAAAAUGGUGACAUAAGAAUCAGGUGCACUAUAGUUCUGAGUAAGAAGAACAUGCAAAACUUUGAGACCUUUCUGGAUUCCAUAAGUGAGUUAAUGCAGUAUCCAGUUGUGAAGUUAUACACUGCAGAUGGCAGAAAGGUUCCUAACCUUCAGUCUCUGAUCUUGUGUUCUGGGGCUAUUGUGGCAGCUGGGAGAGAGCCUUUUAAACCAGGGAAUUAUGAUCCUCACAGGUAUUCACUACCUGCUAAGUUGCCAGGACUCUCCAGUCGUGUGUACCCCAAAGCAAAUGCCAAAUCAGAGAGCAGAAAUACUGGCAAAUGGAAGGUGUCUGUCAUCACCAGUGAUAUGCCAUCUGCAGGAACCAGCUCACAGGUUUAUAUUACAUUGUAUGGGGAUUACAGUAAUUCAGGGCCUAUCUUUCUGUAUGGAGAAGAAGGGGAACUGUUUCAGAGGGGCAAUGAAGACAUCUUCAGUAUUGACACUGGAGACAUAGGAGAGCUCUAUAAAAUACGCAUAGGACACAAUAAUUCUGGAGAAUCCCCCUCUUGGCACUGUGAAGAGGUGCAAUUGCAGAACCUUUACACAGGAGAACAGUUUUCUCUCCCUGCCCACCGAUGGCUGGCUCAGGACCAGGAUGAUGGUGAAAUCUGUCGAGAGCUUCCUGUUUUGCGACGGGGCCAGCCUGUUCUUCCAGUGACUAUAUAUGAGGUGCACGUCACAACAGGAGAGCUGUGGAAUGCCGGAACAGAAGCUGAUGCCUAUAUUUCCAUUCAUGGGGAAGAAGGCGACACAGGCUCCAGACAGCUACUUAGGUCGAAGAAUCCUAGGAAAUUUCUAAAAGGACAAACUGACCUCUUCCUACUUGAAGCUGUGCACCUUGGAAAUUUGUACAAGAUUGUUAUAGGACACAAUGGACUUGGAUCAGGAAAUGGAUGGUUUCUGGAGAAGAUUGUAGUCAAGGAUCCUGUCACAGACCUGGAUUAUUCUUUUCCUUGUCACAGGUGGCUAGAUCAAGGGGAAGAGGAUGGUAAAAUUGUAAGAGAACUAAAUGUCACUGACACUACCACCUUCUCCGCAAGGCAAGAGCUGGAACUCAAGAGAGCGGAAAACUGGGCUGCUGAAAGAUGGAAGUUUCAGAAAGGCAACACUCUUCAGUUCUACAACAGGCUCACCCGUGGUUUCAUACGCCUCAGUCCAGAUGGCACAGUUGAUGCACUUGGUGACAAGAAGGACAAAUAUGGUCUUUUUGAUGUGACUGUCAAAAGAAAUGCACAUGUGUUUAAGAGUCAUCAGAUGCCACAUAUUGCCCUUGCUCUUGACAAUGGCUAUGUCACUGGAAUGGACAAUGAAGAUACUCUCUGUGAGCUACAAGUUCAUGUUCAGCCAAAUUGCUGUGCAAUUCUGGAAUCAGCCCGAAGUCCAGGGCACAUGAUUACAUUCAGUCUUCAAGGCAAAGUAGCUGAUGAUACAGUAGGCUACGCAGGACUCUCAAAAGAAUUUGUUGUGCAUGUGAAGGGUGUGUUCCACAAUGGUGCCAUAAUUCUGCUCACUACAAGUCUCUACCAGGCUCUCUGCCUCAGGCCUGAUGGGAGCUGCAGUGGAGCAGGAAAGCAGUCUGAAGAAUCCUAUUGGAAAGUGCAUAAAAUCAGCUCUGGAGUUUGCAUGAUUGAGAGUCUGAAACACCAGAGAAUGUAUCUGAGGAUCAAGGAUGGCGAGUGUAAUGGAAAAGGGACGGGUGAUGUAUACUGUCACUUUAAAAUUGAGAAGAACUUAGACAGUGGAUCUGUGAGUCUAGAAUCUGUGCAAAACAGAGGGAUGUAUGUUGGUCUCCAACCAGAUGGCCAGACCAAGCCAGUUGUUCACACUGGAGAGAGAAACAUUUUGUUCUACCCACGAGUCAUCAAAUUUGGCAGGGAAAAGCCUAUGGGAACAUCUGCGACACCCAGCCAACCAAAGGUAGGGAUCAGAGAAUCUGAACACCAACCAGCAAAAGCCCAGAAGCCAAUGGCUCAGAGCCCAUCAGCUUCUCCACCCACAAAGGAAAUGAAAAAUACCCAAGGUACCAAGUAUCCCCUUUCUUCAGAUGAUGAAUGGAAAGUGUCAGUGCUGACAGGAAAUGGAGGAACUCAAGCAAAUGUCACACUCUGGAUAUAUGGAGACAAAGGAGUAGCUGGACCAAUAACUCUUGGCAAGGACAACAGGGAGCAGCUCUUUCUUCCCAGGCAGGAGGAUGAAUUUCAGGUUGAAAUAAAAUAUAUUGGAGAAUUCUAUAAGAUAAGAAUAGGACACGAUGGAACAAGUGAACACCCAGAAUGGAAGUUAGAAAAGGUGACACUGCAACAUGUAAAAAGCAGGAGGACUCUGAAUUUUCCAGCAAACAAAUGGUUGUCAAGAAGCCGUGGAGCUGGAGAUAUUAUAUGUGAACUCCCAGUAGAAGAAGCAGGAAAACCCAUUUAUCCAAGUACGUGUAAAGUUGUGAGAUACCACAUUUAUGUUUACACUGGCCAUUUGGAGCAAGCUGAAACAGAUUCUCCAAUCUACCUAUGUAUAUAUGGAAAGAGAGGAGACUCUGGUCUAAGACUUCUGCAUAAAUCUGAUAUGCCAGUGAAAUUUCAGAGGGGAAUGGUGGAUAUGUUUGAAAUGGAAGCUGUAUCUCUUGGAAAACUGCAGAAGGUGCUAUUGCACUGUGAGGCCAGUAACAAGGCGCAGUACUGGUACUGUGAGAAAGUAAUCAUCAGAAAAACUGGGAAGGACUCUGAAUAUAUUUUCAACUGUGAGAGGUGGCUUCCAUUUAUGUCCCAGGGAAUAAUUCACUCAGAAAUCGAGCUCUACCCUGAAGAACUGCAAAUAAAUCGUCAGCUGAAAAUGCAAGAUGAAGCAAAUGAAGGAGACUGGAAGAUUACUGUAGUCACUGGGGACUUCCAAACAGCUGGCACAACAGCAACAGUGUCCCUUUACGCUUAUGGAGAAAACAAGUCUUCUGGUCCUAUUAUUCUGGGAUCUGGGAAGCACCAGCUGUUUAAUCCCAACAGUGCACAUACAUUCAAGAUUAAUCUCAAAGGUCUUGGGCAACUGUAUAAAAUCCGCAUUGGUCAUGACAACAGUGGCAAUGACCCUAGCUGGUACCUAGAGGAGGUGAGACUUGAAAGAAUGGCCCCUACCUCUGACAGGGAGAUUUGUCUGGCUGUAGACUGCUGGCUAGCUGAAGAUCAGGAUGAUGGAGACACCUGGACAGAAGUAGCAAUUGGGAUAUCUGAAAAGGAGCUUUUGUCAAUGGUGAUUUAUGAACUCCAUGUAUAUACUGGAUCUAAACUUGGUGCUGAAACAGAUUCUAAUGUGUACGCCACUCUCAUUGGAACGAGAGGAGAUUCUGGCAAGCGAAAGCUGCAUAGAGCUAAGAAUAAUAAAGUCAAGUUUCAGCGUGGACAGGUGGAUAUCUUCUUCAUAAAGGCUGUAUCACUAAGAGACCUGAAGAAACUUCUGAUUAGCCAUAAUGGAACUGGUCCAGGCAAUGGAUGGUUCCUUGAUAAGGUGGUUGUCAAAUUUAAAGAGGAAGAUGAUGAUCAAGAAGUUGUGUUUCCCUGUAACAGAUGGUUAGAUGAGUACCAGGAUGAUGGGAAGACCGAGCGAGAGCUAAUUGCUAAAAAAAAUGGUAAUUCGCAGAAGGCAUCCACCAAAGCACGAAAAUGGAGAGUGCAGGUUAAAACUGCCAGAGAUUCCCCAGAGCCACAGAAGUGUAAAAGAACCCUUGUGAUUUAUGGCUCAAAGGGCAAAAGUGGUGACCUUCUCCUUUCUCCACAAAGCCCAGAAUAUGUGUGCUUUCUACCCAGAGCAACGGAUGAAUUCCUUGUUGAAACUGGAGAUGUGGGGGAUGUGUAUAAGAUUCGAGUCAGCUGUGAUGAUUUGCCAGGCUUUGAGGGCUGGCAUCUGAAGUCCUUUCACAUGCAAGAGCUACAUACUAAACAAGAAGUGAACUUUGACUGUAACUGCUGGCUCUCUGUUAACAGAGAAGACAGAGAGCUGGUGAAAGAAUUCCCUGCAGUGAAUGAGAACCAGAAACCUUUACCAGUCCACAAGUAUAUUGUCUCUAUACACACUGGUGACCACUGGGGAUCAGAAACCUUUGCAAAUGUUUAUAUCACUCUGUAUGGCGAAAGAGGGGACACAGGUGUGAGGAAACUGCACGAAUCAUUGGUAAAAGGGGGAAAAUUUCAAAGGAACAAGGUGGAUUUAUUUUUAAUAGAGGCAGUUUCUCUGAGCCAUUUGCAAAAGGUAGUUGUAGGGCAUGAUGGAGAAGGAUAUGGGGCUGGAAUGUACCUCAAGAUGAUAACAAUCAAGGAAUCAGAGGACUCAGAUAAAGAGUGGAUCUUUCCAUGUUGGAACUGGCUUGAUACUCAUCUGGGAAUAUGUGAGACUGUUUGUGAGAUUAUAACAAUAGGUAAAAGAUUGAUUUCUAGUCCUAAACUGCCUCAAAUCAACAUGCAGUCCUCAGGUCUGUGGAUAAUGGACAUCAUUGGAUGUGACGUAAACACUGAAAUGGAUCCAAUACACCUUUCUUUCAUCUUUUAUGGAGACCUGAAUCACAAAGAGUUGGCACUUCAAAUUACAGGAAGAGCAACUCAAAUCAAAGAUGAACUGGCAGACAUUGGCUCAAUCUACAAGAUUCAGAUAACUGGCCCACACACCAAGUUAAAUCAGCCUUGGCACUUAGACUUACUGCAUAUGAAGCACACAGGCACAAACCAGGAGAUGUGGUUAGCUUUCAACUGCUCAUUCAAAUGUAAUGAAGACAAAUGUGUGGAACUGCCAGCUCUCUAUGCGGACCAGGAUCCUUUGCCUGUUGUGGAGUAUUCCAUUCAUGUGCACACUGGAGACAUAAAGAAAGCAGAUACCAGUGGAGAGGCUUAUCUUUGUAUUCAAGGAGUGAGAGGUGACUCUGGGAAAAGAUGGCUUAAUAAUUCAAGAAGUGGACCCAUCACUUUUGCCAGAGGCCAGGUGGAUGUUUUCAGAAUCAAAGCAGUUCACCUUGGCAAGCUGAACCAAGUUCUUGUUGGAUUUAAAAGUUUUAAAAAAGAUGACUGGUUCUUGGAAAAAAUUGUUAUAAAAGAAGAAAGUUACCCUUUUGCCACUCACAUCUUUGCUCACAAUGACUGGAUCAGCAAACACUCAAAGAAAGCUUUUACAGAACUAGUAAUUCCAUUGAAAGAAAUGACCGAGACAUCUGAUCCAGUAAAAUACUUUGAUACUAAAAGCAGAGGACGAUGGCAAAUGUGGGUGUACUGUACACGCAUACCAGAAAAAGUUCCUGAUAUCCAAGUUGUUGUGUUUGGAACAAAAGGGAAAUCUGCUGCACAGAAGGUUCAGAAUCUGAAAAAUGACUCUUUUUUGCUGACUGUUGAUGAUAUUGGUGAUGUAACAAAAGUUUCCUUCGUGUUAUCUGGCCCACGGUUAGGAAGAGGAAUUAAACUUCGCAAGCUUCGUCUGAAAGAUCUGGACACUAAGCAAGAGCUGGGCUUUUACAGUGCAGACCAGUGGCUCUUUAAAGAAGAUGGGUCAGAGACCGUGACAGAGCUAGCAGCAGUCAGACCAGAUAAGGCACCGCUCAGGGAAGUUCUUUACUCAGUCAGUGUUCACACAGGAACAUUACCUGCAUCAGGAACUGAUUCAGAUGUCUUUAUUACAAUAUUUGGAGAGAAUGGAGACUCCUGCAAAAGAAAACUUAGGCAUUCUAGGUCACAUGCAAGUUUUGAAAGAGGUCAGGUUAAUAGCUUCAGUGUGAGAGCUGUAGACCUUGGAAUGUUAAUCAAAGUGCUAGUUGAACACAAUAAUAUGGGUUAUGGAGCUGGAUGGUACCUGGACCGAAUCACCAUCCAAGAAUCAGGCAAGAGUGACUGCCAAUAUGUAUUCUCAUGCCAGCAAUGGUUAGACAGCGGAGUUGGUGAUGGACGGAUGGAACGAGAUUUGAGACUUCUUGGAAAAGUGAGAAAUGAGAGAUUGGCAGGAAACAUUCAGGGGACUUGGGAUGUCAUUGUUACAACUAGUGAUGCUUCAAGCAUGAGCCCUAAAAUGUCUUUAACUAUUUGUGGUGAAAAAGGUACAAGUAUUCCAGUCUUAUUUCCCAAAGGAUCCCUUAAAAAGGCUGAGAUUUGUCAGACAUCAGUGGAACUAGAUAAGAAAUUCACCUCUAUAUGCAAAGUUCGCUUGGAAAUAGAAGAUGCCGGAAAUGGAGAGAUCUGGCAUUGUCAUGAGGUGAAACUUCAACACAGAAAAACUAAAGAAAUUCUAGUAUUUCCAUUUCUUCGGAACUUUGCAGAUGCUGAAGGAUGCACAGUGGCUGAACUUCCAGUUCUCACAGCUGGUUUUCAUUUUUCCACAGUAAAAGAGUAUGUUCUGUACAUUACUACGGCUGCAUCCUUGGAGUCAGGAACAGAUGCAGAUGUGUAUGUCACUCUACGAGGGCUCUUGGGAGACACAGGAAGAAGAAAAUUGACAAGGAAAGGAGAGGAUCUUUUCACCAAGGGAAAGGUGGAUGUUUUCCGGGUGGAAGCAGUAGAUGUUGGGUCUCUGCAGGAGCUGGUUGUAGAUAAAGGAAAAGGCUCUGACUGGCAGCUGGAGAAGAUUAUUGUGCACGAGCCAACAUUUGCUGGGACAAAGACACUGUUUAUGGCUCAAACAUGGCUAAAAGAUGGGAAAAAAUCUGCCUCAGUAACUCUAAAAGCUACAGAAAUUCAGGAGAGGAGGAACACAGCUGUCUUGCCGUUAAAAAAACAGCAAAUGAAAUCAGAAGGCACAUGGAGAAUUUAUUUCACAAAACUCUGUGAAGAAACAACAGAAGAAUUUGAAAAGUCAGUGAAGAAUAUUUCUAACUUGGUCAUGGUUUUUUAUGGAAGCAAUGGCAAGUCAAACCCAAUUUCCAUGGCAAAUAAAGUGCGCCAUCAAGCUGAGGAUCAAGUAACAUCUGAUGUACAUUUCCCAUCUGACUUAGGGAUGCUUUAUAAAGUGAGAUUUGGGCUUCAGAGUUUGGGAAAUAACACAUCCCAGUUGUCUCUUCAUCACUUUAAAAUGCAGAACACAGCAACCCUGGAUACCUUUAGUCUCUCUAUAAAUAAAACACUUUCUUCUUCUCUUAAUGGAGACAGAUGGAUUGAGCUCCCUGUAGAGUGGCCAUUAAAAGCAGCACUUUCUGUGAUUACAUAUCAUGUAACAGUGUUUUCCAGCAAUGUUUUGAACAAGAGGAAUGUAGUACUUGUGACUGUGUGUGUGUGUGGAAUCAAUGGUGACACAGGAGACAGAAUCGUUGGCUGGCCAUUGCAGAAUCCCCAGCAAGGAGAGGACAAAGAGUCAUUUACAGCUCAAAUGGAUGCUGUUGACCUGGGAGAACUGCAUAAAGUUGUCCUGUCCAUCAGCAGCAAAAUAAACUGCAAACUGGAUGUUAAAACUUUACAUUUGAAGGAAGCACUAAAACAAGAACCUGUCUACAUAUUUGAAGUGAAUGAAGUGUUCUCUCUGGAUGCCCAUGAACCUGAAAUAAGGAGAGAGAUCCCAGUAUCUUUUGUUAGCAGGGAAGGUGUUAAACUCAAAAAUGAAAUAGAUCACACUUUAAAUAAGGAAAAAAGCCCCCUGGAAAGUCUGGUAGAAUACAUAAUUAAAGUAUAUACUGGUGACAAGAAGGGAGCAGGAACUGAUGCCAACGUGCAUGUAAUUUUAUUUGGGGAUGAGGACUCAUCUGAAUUAGUUCAGCUCACUAAACCACUGGAACAUCAAGAUCCUUUUGAAAGAGGAAAGUCUGACAUAUUCAGGAUUAAGACAAAGAGUUUAGGAAGACUGCAUUCAAUUGAAAUUGGCCAUGAUGGGAAAGGAUUUGCAAGUGGCUGGUUUCUGGAAAAAGUAGAAAUCACAGAUUCAUCUACAAAUGAAGUGUAUUGCUUCAACUGCAGCAGGUGGCUUGCUGAGGAUGAAAAUGAUGGACGCACUGUAGUGCAGCUUUAUGCAUAAUUGUUUUCUACGAUUCAUAGUGAAUAUGCAGCUUCUUCAGAUUCAUGCUGAUUUGAUUUAUUUGUAUUUUAUAAUGAUGAAGGUACUGUAAUUAUUAUGGAGAACUGUCAAAACAAUAGAUUUAAAAACAUCAGUGGAGAGUAAACAGGUCUAAUGUGAACAACACAUUGCAAUCCUACUAGGAAUUCUUAACAGUUUUGCACAAUUGAACUGUAAAUAAAGCAGAAAUUUAGAGCUAUACCACGGUUUUCUGAAUUUGAUAUGUGCAUUCACAGGAUGGGGUAUAUGUAGUAGCAUUUAGGAAAACAAUUUGUGUUUGGUGAUUUGUGUAAGUGCGUUCAUCAUAGUUAAUACUUGUGUAAAAUCUGUUUCAGGAUCAAUAUUUAUUAAAAUUUAUAUUUUCUCAGGAUCACUUUUUAAACAAAACAUACACCUCUUUUAUACCACCAUGCAUUUUGUGUCCCAUUACUGCACCUCCACAAAACUAACCCAUGGAAAAAAUUGUCCUCUUGGCUCUAUCUUCACUGAACAAUUCACACCCAUUAUUUAGUUCUCCCUGUGUGUGCAGGCCUCCCAUUGACAUUUGAUGCAUAAUCUUUUGAAGAAUACUGAUACAGGAACCUUUAGAUCCCAAGGCUCUACCUACUGAGAAACCUACAAGAGAAUUUCCAUCAGCUGUCAUUACGGUAGUAAUAGUCAUUACAUCCUCUUUCUGGUUUUUAACUAAAGAAAAAUCUUAACACCUUCUCUUUCCCACAGUUCUGAAUUGCAACAAGCUCAAAAUAAUAAUAAUAAUAAAUAAUGCAUUUCUGGCUGAAUAUGUUGUUAUUUAUGAACUCACUAUCUGUUUAUUUUGACUUUACCAGUGUUGGUGCUUCUAGUGUUCAUAGAAGAGAUGGGUCUAAAACAAAAUCAUGAAUUGAACACUCCUUGAUCAGAAUACAAACCCAGUUCUAGAUGUGAAUGUUGCAAGGUGCCACUUCCUUUUUGAAGGUCAACCCCAAAUCCUGGAUCUAAACACUCCUAAACUUUGGGUAUGUCUACACUGCAGCUGAGAGCGCACUUCCCAGCAUGUGUAGACAGACAUUCUAGCUCUGCUUGAGCUAGUGUAACCCACACACCUCCUGGGUUUGGUGGUCUGUCCCAUCUGGUGGCACUGAGACCACUUAGAGAAAGAGAGAGAAAGAGAUUAAUGAGUUUGCUCUACAGCCGUAGUUAAUAGCCAGUUGGCUUUUAGCUCAUGCACUAAGCUCCAGUGGUCCCUAGCUUGAUCCCGCCUGCUGAUGACUGGAGUCUGUCGGUGUUACACUAGCACACUAAAAAUAGAAGUGUAGUCCAUGGUAGCACAGGCAGUGUCUCAGGCAAGCCACCUGAGUAUGCGGGUGGAUUUGUGCUCAGGCGGCUAGUCCAUGCUACCCUCACCUAUGCUGCUAUUUUUAGCACGCUAGCUCCAGCAGAGCUAGUGCAUGUCUGUCUAGCUGAGCUAGGAAUCAUGAUCCCAGGUGCAGUGU